GUCGCUCUACGGACUGUGUUUAGUGUAACACAAGAUGCAUCCUUGAACAUUGUUGUAAUGAAGAAAAUCCAUGAUAAAGUGAAUAUUUACUAAAUAAAACAGAGGAACAAUUGAAGUCGUGAAGUGACCUGUCAGCAUCACUUUAAUACCCGAGCCUGUCAACAGAGACCGGGAGACGUGUUCCUCCUCGGAUCCUGGUCUUAGUCCUGGUCUUAGUCCUGCUCUCUGUCCAAAGCUCAUUACAGGGAAAGCAAUGAGAAGCAACUUAUCAAACACCGCAAACACAACACGGUGAAUGUAUUUCUGUGGGAUCAAAUCCAGGAGAAACCAGCACCAUCAGUUCUCUGUUUGUGGUUCAGAGUCUGGGAGUCUGCCUGAUCUCUGGGGGGAAGAUGAGCGGACAUAAACUCCUGUUUUCCGGGUUGAAGUUGUGGACUUCAGGAUCCAGUAAAUGGAUAGAUCGACUUCAUCAUGGUGUGAACAGGACUGGAAAGGCACCCUUCUCCUCCUGCAACCCGAAGGUGUGUAUCGUUGGUGGCGGUCCAGCAGGAUUCUACACGGCCCAGGCUUUGAUCAAGGCCCGACAAGAUGUUGAAGUGGACAUUUAUGAGCGGCUGCCGGUCCCCUUUGGCCUCGUCAGGUUCGGAGUGGCCCCUGAUCAUCCUGAAGUCAAGAACGUCAUCAACACAUUCACACAGACGGCCAAACACUCACGCUGUAGCUUCUACGGUAACGUGAAUGUGGGGGAGGAUGUGAGCGUUGAAGAGCUGCAGCGGGCAUACCACGCGGUCGUACUGAGCUACGGGGCAGAGGGAAACAGGAGGAUGGGAGUACCAGGGGAGGACUUGGCUGGUGUUUACUCUGCCAAAGACUUUGUGGGCUGGUACAACGGGCUCCCCAGCUGUCGAGAGCUGGGUCCAGACCUGAGCUGUGAGACAGCCGUCAUUCUGGGACAAGGCAACGUGGCCUUGGAUGUAGCAAGAAUCCUCCUGUCUCCGCUCGACAUUUUGAAGAAAACUGACAUCACCCAGCCCGCCCUGGAGGCUCUGGCAGAGAGCAAAGUCCGCAGGGUGUUGGUGGUUGGCAGGAGAGGACCCACACAGAUCGCCUGCACAAUAAAGGAGAUUAGAGAAAUGGUGAAUCUGCCAGACACCAGACCUGAGAUGGUUGCAGCUGAGUUUGAGGGCAUCACAGAGGCUCUCAAAGAUCUGCCGAGGCCCAGGAAGCGUCUGACUGAACUGAUGCUGAAGACAGCCCUGGGGAUCCCUGAUGAGAAGGAGCAGGAAAGACGGACCAAGGCAUCCCGUAUCUGGGGCUUCAGAUUCUUCCGGAGCCCCGUUGAAAUCCUCGCUGACCCUGACCAUAAAAAAACAUCCGGCAUCAGACUGGCAGUCAACAGGCUGGAGGGUUCGGGAGAAACGGCCCGAGCAGUGCUCACAGGAGAAGUGGAGGAUGUGACAUGUGGCCUGGUGAUUAGCAGCAUCGGCUACAAGAGCCUCCCCAUUGAUCCAUCCGUGCCAUUUGACUCCAGCAAAGCCAUCGUGCCAAACAGCAUGGGCCGUGUUCAACAAGCUGCUGGUCUGUAUUGUAGCGGCUGGCUGAAAACAGGGCCAACUGGGGUGAUAGCCACCACGAUGAACAACAGUUUUGACACAGGGAGAUCUGUGGUGGAGGACAUGGACUCGGGAACAUUGGAUGUGUCUGCUGGAAAGCCUGGUUCACAAAGCAUCAGCGCUCUACUGGACAAGAGAGGAGUGAAACCAGUGCUUUUCUCAGACUGGGAGAAGAUUGACGCUGUGGAGGUGAGGAGGGGUGAAGCCAUCGAGAAACCCAGAGAGAAACUACUGACUGUGGAGGAAAUGCUGCUCGAGGCCCGGAAGUGACUGGAGAGGAGCCACUUCUUCCCUGGACACAAUUACCACACUCACAGGGACCUUCAUAACUGACCACCAUGGGAACAGAGAGACACAACAUGGAUUCAAUUCACAAAGUACUGUUGAUGCUAAUGUAAACUCAUUUUAGUGUAUUUAUGAUAAAAGUUAAAUCUAUGUGA